AUGCGCGUGGAACGGUCGCGGGCGCGGAGAGUGAUCGGGAAGGAGGGACGGGUGAUCAAGGCGCUGCGGGCGGAGACGGGGGCGAGGGUCAAGGUGGCGCCGACGACGCGAGGGGCGGACGAGCGAGUCGUGCUCGUGGCGAGCGGGGAAGAGUUGAUGAUGGAUGACGGCGAUGGGUCGGAUGUGCCGGUGACGACGGCGGAGCGGGCGCUGUUUCGGAUAUUCGACACGGUGGCG